AUGGUUGUGCCCGUCAAGGCGCCCGACGGCGCUGCCCCGCCUCCCACCCAGGCCGAGGUCGCCUCGUUGCUCAACACCGUCUUCACCGCCAACACUUCGGCCGCUUCCAUCGACGCCUGCUACGGUCUCUGCGAGGUCCUCCUCAACUCCGUUGGCUUCCGCGGCCUGCACCAGUACGGCAUCCUCGCCGAGGUCAAGAAGGCCGCUUCCGACAAGAAGAGCGGCCUUCGUCGCGAGAGCGCUCAGAACCUGCUCGGUGCGCUGUUCGAGCGCUUCCCCCCGCGCCAGCCCGUCAGCGAAGUUGUCUUCCUCCUCCAAGAUGGAGGCAUGCUCGGCUGCGCUCUGGAUGCCCUCGCCGACAAGGGCUCCGUAGUCCGCGAAGCCGCCCAAUACGGCAUCGAUGCGCUCUUCGCCAACCUGAGCCCAGAGGCCCUUGUUGUUGGCCUGCUGCCCGCUCUUACCGGAUACAUCAAAAACGCAGGCGGCAAGUGGCAGGGUGUCGUCGGCGCAUACAAGCUGAUGCAAAAGAUGGCCGACAAGGCGAAGCCGACGGUUGGGAGCACCAAAGAAGAAGCCGAAGAACAAGACAUUCUGCGUGACGCAAUGGGCGCCAAGCUCGCCGCCCUUAUUCCCAUCGUUGAGGGCGGCAUGCUUGAUAUGAAGACCGAAGUGGAGAAACAGGCGGUCAAGACCAUGACUUCGCUCACCUCGCUGCUCUCCAACGACGAUGUCGCCCCUCGGAUCCCGCUCCUGGUUGAGACCAUGCACCACCCUUCGGCCGAGGCGCUGCAGAAAGCGAUCCAUGCCCUGUCGCAAACUACGUUCGUCGCUAUUGUGACAUCACCCGUCCUGGCCCUCCUUACACCCUUCCUCGAGCGCUCCCUGAACAACCCGACAACCCCGCAAGAGGUUCUCCGGCAAACCGUGGUCAUCACUGAGAAUCUCACCAAGCUCGUUCACGAUCCGAUCGAGGCUCGCACGUUCUUACCAAAGCUCCAGCCCGGCAUCAAGAGUGUUGUGGGCAGAGCCUCGCUUCCCGAGGUGCGCGAGCUAGCAAAACGGGCGCUGGCCGUCAUGGACAAAGCCAUGGGUGAUGACAAGACCACGGUGGUCGAGCGGACCACAGCCGACGAUGUGGCGAAAGUGCUAGAAGCUGAAAUCAAAAACCACAAUGGCCUCGCUGGGAGUUUGGAGGGCUACAACCUGGUGCGCCCGUAUAUCUGCGAAAUGGUCAGCGAAGACGUCAAUCACCGCCAGCUUCGCCGCAUCCCCGCCAGGAUUGCUCCAUAUCUCCAGGGGCUUAUGCAGAACGCAGAUGCGCCUCAGGCAGUUGCUGCAGCCGUGGAGAAAUUUUAUGUUGAAGAAGAUCAUCGCAAAUACGGCGUACCCGAGAAAGAGGACGACGGCGAGGUGGAAAUCGUGAACGCCGACUUUUCGCUUGCCUAUGGUGGUAUGCUCUUAUUGUCUCACACCAACCUUCGACUGCUCAAGGGACAUCGCUAUGGUCUGUGCGGCAGGAACGGUGCGGGCAAGUCGACCCUGAUGAAGAGCAUUGCCGCGGGAAAGCUCGAAGGUUUUCCUCCCCAGGACGUCCUGCGGACCUGCUAUGUCGAGCACAACCAGGGCGAAGAUGCUGAUAUCAGCAUCCUUGAGUUCGUUUCGAAGGACCCCGUCAUCGCCAAGGAAGGGAAGGAAAGGAUAUCUGCCGUCCUGGAAGAGUUUGGCUUCACCUCUGGCCCUGAGGGACGGCAGUCGCAAAAGGUUGGCUCCCUGUCGGGUGGCUGGAAGAUGAAGCUGGCUUUGGCCCGCGCGAUGCUGCAGAGGGCCGAUGUCUUGCUGCUGGACGAACCUACCAACCAUCUCGACGUGGCAAACAUCAAGUGGCUCGAAAACUACCUCAAGACGCACACCGAGAUCACCAGCUUGAUCGUGUCGCACGACUCUGGGUUUCUUGACGAGGUUACCACCGACAUUUACCACUACGAGCCCAACAAGAAGCUAGGGCACUACAAGGGGAACCUUGCUGCCUUUGUCAAGGUCCGCCCGGAGGCCAAGAGCUACUACACGCUCUCUGCAUCCAACGUGCAGUUCAAGUUCCCGCCGCCGGGGAUCCUCACGGGCGUCAAGUCGCAGACACGAGCCAUUAUCCGGAUGACCAACGUCUCCUACACAUAUCCCAACGCGCCGAAGCCCUCGUUGAGCGACGUUUCGUGCCAACUCUCCCUCUCGUCGCGCGUGGCCAUCAUCGGCCCCAACGGCGCUGGCAAGUCUACCCUUAUCAAGCUUCUGACUGGCGAAGUCAUCCCGACGGCCGGCAAGGUGGAGAAACACCCCAAUCUCCGAAUCGGCUACAUCAAGCAGCACGCGCUCGAGCACGUCGAGAUGCACCUGGAAAAGACGCCAAAUCAGUACCUACAGUGGCGGUAUGCCCACGGCGACGACCGUGAAGUCCACAUGAAGCAGACGCGCAUCCUGUCGGACAGGGAUCGGGAGCAGAUGGACAAGUUCAUCGACGUUGGCGACGGCAAGGGCAAACGCCAGAUUGAAGCGCUCGUCGGCCGACAAAAGUACAAGAAGACGUUCCAAUACGAGGUCAAAUGGCGCGGCUUCCUCCCAAAGCACAACACGCAAAUGUCUCGCGAAACCCUCCUAGACCUAGGCUUUGCCAAGCUGGUGCAGGAAUUCGACGACCACGAGGCGUCGCGCGAAGGGCUGGGCUACCGCGAGCUGCAGCCGUCGGUCAUAUCCAAGCACUUUGAGGAUUUGGGCCUCGACCCGGAAAUCGCCAACCACAACGAGAUCGGCUCGCUCUCCGGCGGACAAAAGGUCAAGGUUGUCAUCGCCGGCGCUAUGUGGAAUAACCCCCACCUGCUAGUCCUCGACGAGCCGACCAACUUCUUGGAUCGUGACUCGUUAGGAGGGUUGGCAGUUGCCAUCCGGGAUUUCAAGGGCGGCGUUGUCAUGAUCUCGCAUAAUGAGGAGUUUGUCGGCGCGUUGGCGACUGAGCAGUGGCAUGUCAAUGACGGGCGGGUUACGCAUAAGGGAAGUUCUGCGGUGGCGCUGGACAGGUUUGAGGAUGCGAGUAAACCGGCUAGUGCUGUGACCAGUGGGUUGAACACGCCCGUGUUGAGUGGCCAGGGGAGUGCGGUUAGUAGUGCCGUGAACAGUGGCGCGGAGGAUAAUGGUGUCUCAGGGGAGAGCAUGGCGUUUAAGACGAAGAAGAAGAAGAAGAUGACGAAGAGGGAGUUGAAAGAGAGGGAGGUGAGGAGGAGAUUGAGGCAUAUUGAGUGGUUGAAUAGUCCCAAGGGGACGCCCAGGCCACCGGAUACGGAUGAUGAAGCUGAGUGA